UGGUAUGAAUUUGCUCAGUUACAGGACUUGCAAAGGGGUUGCAAGGUACCAAUUAAAGGUGUCUUAGCAUUUUGAAACUUUCUGCCUCUUUCCAUAUUUUUCCCCCUGAAGGCAAAGUAGACUCUCUUAGAAAAGAUGAUACUGGAAACCCUGAAUCUGAUGCAUUACAAUAUCACCAGAGUGGUGCCAGAAGUGAUGCCAACUGCCACCGUGCCCAUACUCCUCCUCAUGUGCUUUCUUUUCCUAAUAUGGAAUUAUGAAGAAACAUCGAUACCAGGGCCUGGUUUCUGUAUGGGAAUUGGUCCCCUCAUUUCACAUGGGAGAUUCCUUUGGAUGGGAGUGGGCAAUGCCUGCAACUAUUACAAUAAGAUGUAUGGAGAAUUUAUGAGAGUCUGGAUCAGUGGAGAGGAAACACUCAUUAUUAGCAAAUCCUCCAGUAUCUUCCAUGUAAUGAAACAUGGGCAAUAUAUCUCUAGAUUUGGAAGCAAGCUUGGGUUACAGUGCAUUGGCAUGCAUGAAAAUGGUAUUAUAUUUAAUAAUAACCCAGCACUCUGGAAAGAAAUUCGACCUUUUUUCACCAAAGCUUUGUCUGGUCCAGGUCUCGUGCGCAUGAUAGCAAUUUGUGUUGAAUCAACGAAAGACCAUCUGGACAGAUUGGAGGAUGUGACUGCUGGACCGGGAAAUAUCAAUGUGCUGAAUUUUAUGAGACAGAUCACACUGGACGCUUCUAACACACUCUUUCUCGGGAUCCCUUUGGAUGAAAAUGCCAUUGUGCUUAAAAUUCAGAACUACUUCGAUGCUUGGCAAACGCUUUUGCUGAAACCUGACAUCUUCUUUAAGAUUUCUUGGCUGUACAAGAAAUAUGAAAAGUCAGCCAAGGAUUUGAAAGAAGCAAUUGAAAUCUUAAUAGAACAGAAACGACAGAGACUUUCCACUGUUGAAAAAUUGGAAGACCACAUGGACUUUGCAUCACAACUGAUUUUUGCACAGAGUCGUGGAGAUCUGACUGGUGAGAAUGUGAACCAGUGUGUGCUGGAGAUGAUGAUAGCUGCACCUGACACACUGUCUGUGACUCUCUUCUUCAUGCUAGUACUGAUUGCAGAGCACCCUAAAGUGGAAGAGGAUAUGAUGAAGGAAAUCCAAGCUAUUAUAGGUGACAGAGAUGUACAGAGCAAUGACAUGUCAAACUUAAAGGUUGUGGAGAAUUUUAUUAAUGAGAGUAUGAGAUACCAGCCAGUUGUGGAUUUGGUCAUGCGCAAGGCUUUACAAGAUGAUGUAAUUGAUGGCUAUCCUGUGAAAAGGGGGACAAACAUCAUUCUGAACAUUGGACGUAUGCAUAAGCUUGAAUUCUUCCCAAAGCCUAAUGAGUUUUCUCUCAAAAAUUUUGAGAAGAACGUUCCUUCUCGCUACUUUCAGCCAUUUGGAUUUGGCCCUCGUGGCUGUGUAGGAAAGUUUAUUGCCAUGGUAAUGAUGAAGGCGAUCCUGGUGACUCUUCUGAGACGGUACAGAGUACGGACCCCGAAAGGAAGAGGCCUUAACAACAUCCAGAAAAGCAAUGACUUAUCCAUGCACCCAAAUGAACGACAGCCCUUUUUGGAGAUGUUUCUCAUGCCAAGAAGAAACAUAGACAAGUGUCAGGAUGACUAACAACACAUCACUAGUGGUCUCAGAGGUCUAAGGUUUCUGAGGUUGUAGUCAAAUUCUGAGAAAUGUCCACCCUCCUAGGUGCAGUCACGCAUGCUCUGAACUAAACAUUUUGUUGUUCUUAAUGCAUUGCUGCUCUAGGUGAUCACGUGUUCUGCUGCACAGCAGAACCAGGUUCUGGUCACUAUUCAAAACUGAUAAAUAAGUUCCAAGUAUAUAGACAAGUGCUGUCUUCAGUUGAUGAGAUGUUGCAUGCAGAAACUGUCAUUACUUUUUAAAAAACAUCCAAUUCAAACAGAAU